UUUUAAAAAUAAAAAAUAAAAAAAGGCUUUUUGAUUGUAUUGAGUUUACACAUGGCCACUCUCAUAAAAGUCCAGUCCAGGGUUGAAAAACUGGAACCCCAAGUGAUAAAUCACCAACAUUGAAAAUUGAAAUUGGAGCAAGGCUUUUGGGUUUGGGCCUGCCCUUCCAAUAACAGCAACAAAAAAACAAAACAAAAAAUUAUAUAAAAAUUUAAUACGUGUAGCAGUAAAUAGCACGCGAGAGGAACUUCGAUGGAAGGUAAGAGGUGACGGAGGACCCAAAUUGGUUCAAUCAAAGUAAGAACUUGGAACUUUCGUGGUUUCUAGAAAGAAAGAUGUAAAAGUCAAUAAUCCCAAGCCCGGGGCAUUAAAGUCAUUAUAAAAAAAAGAACAAAAUUUCCCAUCUGUGCUCGAGGACCCCUUCUUGCUUCUUCUCUUGUGAAAUCAGCCAAUUUCUGUUUCAAUUUGAUUCACCAGACCCCUCAAAACACAAAGAUCACAAGAUUUGAUCGAUCACCCCUCACAAACAAAACAGAGAGAGAUGUCGAAGGUGGACGAGCCGGUGAUGGGCGUUCCGUUCUACGUCGUACAGAAUCCUUACCAAGCAGGCGCGAUCCCCCCAAACGCCGUCUAUGGCGACCCAAAGGGCAUCCCUAUCCACCAAACCAUUUACAGAGACACUCCCGCUCCCUUCAACUGCGUUUACUGUGGUAAUUCCGGACUUACCCACGUCAGAUCAAAGCCAAGCCUGGCAGCUGUUGUGGCUUGCAUGAUGCCUAUGUUUCUUGGAUGCUGCUUUCUUUUGCCUUCAUGCGACUGUCUCUGGCAUAAAUAUCAUCAUUGCCCAAGUUGCCAAGAGAAGGUUGGUGAUUUUGAGAAGUCAGAUCCUUGUAUUGUUGCGGAUCCUCCACACUGGACAGAACACAGCUUUGCACUGCCUGCAUGACCUUCACUUUGUGUAUGCGGCUUCUUCUCCGCUUCUGUCUUUGAACCCCAUAUUUACAUAUUUUGCGAUACAUGUAUUCUUAAGAUGCUGUAUAAAUCUACUACUUCCCCUUUAGCAUCUAUAUGGAGUUUGGAAAAUUGGUGGCUUGGCUGCGUAAUAAUAUAGAUUGAUUGUAAUUUUUAAUAUGUGCAACCUUUUCAUCAAAUGCUUUUGUCAAUUUCAACGUGCAUGCGAUUGCAUUUGCAA